AGGUUUUUUCUCUUUUAUUGUCGUGAACCUGUGUUGAGAUCUUGACACUGUACUGCGGGCACACGAGCACAGCUGGUAGUAAAAAGGAAGAAACAGAGAGAAGAAUAUGCGGCCAACGUUAAUUGCGCAGAUGCGGGUGUCGUCGGUGCAGAUGAAGCGGUCGAUAUGGAAGCCACCAUAUCUCGCCCCACUACCAAUCGCAGCAGCAAAGAAGAACAACACGCCGAUCCAGACGACAGCGCGGAGUUGCAUGAUUCUCCCGAGCUUUGUCGGGCUCACGUUCCAGGUGCACAACGGCCUGGAGUAUUUGUCGGUGACGGUGACGGAGGAGAUGGUUGGGUAUAAGCUGGGGGAGUUUGUGCCGACAAGAAAGCGGUUUUCGUUUAAGGGAGAGUUGAAGGGGAAGUUGCGUUAGGUUGAUAUUACAUAGCGAUGAUAUUGCAGUGUUGAAAUUACAGUGUUGGGUGGAUAUAGGGAUGGAUUGUAAAUAGGCAUUAUGAGUGCAGUGUAUAUAGCACAAUCAGAGAUAUCAAGAGAUUGUCAACUAUCAACAGAUAAGAGAAUAGGAGUGAAGAGAAGAAGAGCAAGAAAGGAUCAG